AUGGGAAAGAGAGAGUUUGCAUUAAUGGUGAUGUUUGCUGGAAUAUUAGUGCUGGGGAACCUGCAAGAGGCUUCGCAGUUCUACAGAGAGGAUGGCCCAACGGAGCCAUCUCCGGAAUGCUGCGAGGAACUGAAAAGACAGAAUAUAGAUCAGCAGUGCGCCUGCGAUUACAUUGCUUCCAGGCCUCCUGGCAUUGGCCCUAGGAAUGGAAUCGACCUCAACAGAACUGUCUCUGUCUCCAGAGAUUGUGGAAUUUAUGUUCCUGCUGGACUGCGCUGUGGAGAUUUCAUCAUUCCUCCUAGUCCUGCACCUUAUCCUGCUCCUCCUCCCGAGGAGGGAAAUUGAAGUCAGCUUGAAGACUAUUAAUAUAAACUAAAUAAGUCAGCCAAAUAUGGUCAGCACUCGAUGCGUCAAUAUGCAUGCGACCUCUCGUGCAAUGCAUAUUUCUUUUCCAUGGUUUAUAAUUACGAAGUGGUUAAUGUAGACACUGAGAUCAAUGUCAAUAGAGACAGUGUCAAUCUAUCUAU